AUCUUUAUGUAUAGGACGCUUUGUUAAUAUGGUUUCCUACUUUGAUGUACUAUAUAUAUAUAUAUAAUUGUUAUCAAUAGAAAAGACAAGUAAUUAAACCCUAAACACUUUUUUACACAAUUCCGUUCCAUAAAAAAUAAAAAGUACUUCGUAAAUAAAAAUUGGAACUACUCCGUAAAUAUUUCUCACUCUUCUGGGGAAUUGUGCUUCGUCAAUCAUUGAUUCACCUGCAAUUUAACUUGUUUAUCUGCUGUUUCUAGGAGAUAUGGAAAACGCUUGUGAAUUCAAUUCGGGUGAAAGCAUGAGCAAUUUAUCAAACUUAGAACCUUUUAAUAUAUUGGUGAAGCUUACAGCCCGAGCUUUGUAUGGCGAAAUCGGUGAUAAUGCACCAAAUAAUAGAGCUAAUUCAAGAGCAGAGUAUAUGCUUAAUGUCCUCACUAGAUAUCAGUGGGUGAGGGAGAGAGAUUUGGUCAAGGAUGCAAGAGUUACUGUUGAGGUACUUCAACAGAUACUGUCGUUCCUUCAUAAAGAGAAGCUGGUCAAGUGUGAGCAAAAGGGCGAGAUAGUAAAAUAUGUGGCAAGAUUGCAUGCUGCAGGGGUUGAUGCUCAGCAUGACGGAAGAGGAGGAGACGAAAAUAGUUUGCCGUUGUUUAACAAAGUGGUUUUUCACACAUACUGGUGUCUGGACUAUGGACAGAUUUACAGUGUUGCAAGGUACAAAAUUAAUUGCCUGAAGAUAAAAUCAAAUUACGAAUUGUAUAUCAAUAGAAGAAUGCAGAAGCAUUUAUGCCCAAACUGUAAAGAAAGAUAUACUAUGAAUGCAGAAUGGCUUUUUUCCGAUGAUGGUGAAACUGUUGUUUCGGAUAAGUGUCAUGGGCAACUUGUGGUGGAAAGUGACAAGUUAGUUACUCAGGAAGUAGGAGGAAAUGUUGAUGAUAAUGUUAACUGCUGUGAAAAGCUUAGUGAAGUGCUGCAAGAAAUGGAGGAGCAGCUCAUGCCAUUGGUCAAACAACUUCAUAGAGUUCAAGAAAUGGCAGUUCCUGAUUUCGGAACUCUGGCAGCCAGGGAAGUUGAAACAAAAACAAUUAUUAUUGACGAAGCAAAGAUUCCGCUCCUGCUCUUAUUCAAACAAAUGCAGAACCGAGCAGAGAUUGAUGCUAUAAACCGUCGUGUAGAAGAAUUGAAGCUUGUCAAGCAAGUCAACUCAUCAAAUAAGAAGUCUAAGAUGGAUAUUACUUCAGACCCCUCUGGUAACAAGAAAAUCAGCCAGGUUCCGCUCAUGCCCUUAGUCAAACAAAUGCAGGACCGAGCACAGAUUGAUGCUGUAAACUGUUGUCUAGAAAGAUUAAAGCGUGCCAAACAAUAUGUCAACUCAUCAAAUAAGUCUAAGAUGGACGUGACUUCAGACCCCUCUGGUAACAAAAUAAGAAGCCAGGAAGUACAACAGGGACAAGACACCAAGAAGCAGCAAGAUCCAUCCAAUGUAUAUAAUUUGGAACAAUCCACAGUGUCAGAUCCUCAACUUGGCAUGAAAAGAAACAACGGUGUUGAUGAGAACAUUAAGGAAGUAACUACACCAGGGACUGAGGAAUAUUAUAAGUUGGAUUUGCACAUUGAAACUAGAGAGGAUGAUGAUGACGAUGACGAUGACGAUUGGGAACUCGUGGAUUUGCACAUUGAUACUGCAGUUUUGUGAGACAUUGUGAUCCUAGGGCUUGAUUACAUUCAAUUCAACCCUUUUGGCGUUAUGAAAUUCUGUGAAUGAUUUGUAAACGCUUGAGAAUGGUAGCUUGGAGCUGAAUAAACCAAAUUUAAGUCUAAUCAUUAAUAAGAACUUUGUUUUUAUUAAA